UUCUGAUUUAUUACAUUUCUUUCACAGUUGACUCAAAUGAUGAUCUGUUUUUCCAUUUCCAAGUUCCUGGGGAGGGUGUGCUCUGCACUUUUGUGUUACCCCCAUAUGCUGCCCUCGCUAAGGACCUUACCCUAGGCCCAUCUGCCAGGCCCGGCAGGUCUGAUCUGGCCUCACCAGGCUCCAGCCACUCUGGCUGUCUUGUAGUUCGCACAAGGGUUCUUAACCCUUUUCAGGGCUGUUGCUGGGACUGUUUGUUCCCUGAAGUGCUGUUGCUCCCCUUUCCCUGGUGACUCCUGACUCCUCGCAUUUACAUCUUCAGCUUAAAUGUAUCACCUCUUCAGAGGACAUCCUCUAACUCCACUUUAUCUAAAAUGCGCCCUCUUCCUGGUUUCACCUCUGCUUGUUCAUUGCCCUUAUUAUACCUGUAACUAUUCCCUUCCUUUGUUACUUUUUAUUCCCCUCACUGGGCUGUAAGCUCCAUGAGGUCAGGAGACAUUUGUUAGCACCUAUAAAUACUGUAGAAUCGCUCAAACCCCAGGGCCGGUGGCACCAGGAAGUACUGGAUAAGGAACCGCGACACAAACUGGGGCUCAGUGCUCUCUUCCGCCUUCAGUGCCCCGCUCAUCAAGGGUCUGGGUGAGGCCCCAGGUCCUGAGGAAGCCCUCGCUUGACUGCCCCGGGGCCCACUGCAGCCUCCAACCAACCCCGAGCGGUCUGAUGGUGCCCAGGGAAUGGUUUCCAAGGCAAUAGCAAACGGGGCGGGGCUUGGAACGGAGGACAAGGCUCGAGCCUAGGCAGGACCUUCCCGGGAGAGGAGGCGGCGACGCGGAGGGGAGGCGGGAUCAGGGGCGCUGGGAGGGCGAGCGCGGCGAGGGGCGCAUGCAGGGCCCCGACGCACCGCUGCUCCUGAGCGCUGGGGAGCUGGGGCCCGGGCGCCGGGGCUCGGCCUCCUGGUACCGCCAGGGGGGCGGCCCGGUGUGCAACUGGCUGCGAAAGCCGCAGCCGCUCGAGCCACGCACCAGUUUCCCUUCGGCCCACCGCUCCGAGUUCCGUCCACCCUGGAGGCUGCCAUGGCCCGGCCCUGCCUCCGCCCAGCCCGAGGAGGGUCACGCAGGCGGUAGAUGCCAGGCGGGCAGCCCCGUCCCUGCGCGCCGCCUUGGCCGCGCCUUCAAGACGCUGGUCCCAGGCACCCACGCCCAGGGCGCCGCGGAUCCCUGCCCCCUCGGCCCCCCGCACACCCCGGUCCUGGAUGACCCCUCUCCGCAGAAUGGUUUCCCGGUCCUCUGGCGAGGAUCCUCCAAGGCGUCUCACAUGAACCGGCUCAGAAACGCCAAAAUCUAUGUGGAGAGAGCUGUCAAGCAGAAGAAGAUCUUUACAAUCCAAGGCUGCUACCCAGUGAUCCGGUGUCUCUUGCGCCGGAGGGGCUGGGUGGAGAAGAAGAUGGUCCAUCGCUCAGGCCCCACCCUGCUGCCACCCCAAAAGGAUCUGGAUAGCUCAGCGAUGGGUGACAGUGACACCACUGAGGAUGAGGAUGAAGAUGAGGAUGAGGAGUUCCAGCCACCACAGCUGUUCGACUUGGAUGAUUUACUGAAAUUUGAUGACCUAGAUGGAACACACGCUCUGAUGUCCCGCAUGGUUCAGAAUGAGACCCCCUACUUCAUCUGGACCACCCGGCGAGAUGUGCUCGACUGUCGCUUCCUCUCCAAGGAUCAGAUGAUAAACCACUACGCGCGGGCUGGCUCCUUUACCACAAAGGUGGGUCUAUGUCUCAAUCUCCGGAAUUUGCCGUGGUUUGAUGAGGUUGAUGCCAACUCCUUCUUCCCACGCUGCUACCGCCUGGGGGCUGAGGAUGACAAAAAAGCCUUCAUAGAGGACUUCUGGCUGACAGCUGCCCGCAACGUUCUCAAGCUGGUGGUGAAGUCUGAGUGGAAGUCAUACCCUAUCCAGGCAGUAGAGGAAGAGGCCUCAGGAGACAAGCAGCGCAAGAAACAGGAGAAAAACCCAGUGUCGGUGUCCCCAGAGUUUGUGGAUGAAGCUCUGUGUGCGUGCGAGGAGUACCUUAGCAACCUGGCCCACAUGGACAUCGACAAGGACCUGGAGGCCCCACUGUACCUCACCCCCGAGGGCUGGUCCCUCUUCCUCCAGCGCUACUACCAAGUGGUCCAGUCCAGCCCUGCCCAAGUUCCAUCAUUUCCCCACAGCGAAGGGGCAGAACUCAGGCACCUCGACACUCAGGUCCAGCGCUGUGAGGACAUCCUGCAGCAGCUGCGGGCCGUGGUACCCCAGAUAGACAUGGAAGGGGAUCGCAACAUCUGGAUUGUGAAGCCAGGAGCCAAGUCCCGCGGACGAGGCAUCAUAUGCAUGGACCACCUGGAGGAGAUGCUGAAGCUGGUGAAUGGCAACCCCAUGGUGAUGAAGGACGGCAAAUGGGUGGUGCAGAAGUAUAUUGAGCGGCCCCUGCUCAUCUUUGGCACCAAAUUUGACCUGAGACAGUGGUUCCUGGUAACUGACUGGAACCCACUUACCGUGUGGUUCUACCGCAACAGCUAUAUCCGCUUUUCCACACAGCCCUUCUCCCUGAAGAACCUGGACAACUCAGUGCACCUGUGUAACAACUCCAUCCAGAAGCACCUGGAGAACUCAUGCCAUCGGCAUCCACUGCUUCCCCCAGACAACAUGUGGUCCAGCCAGAGGUUCCAGGCCCACCUGCAGGAGAUGGGGGCCCCAAAUGCUUGGUCCACCAUCAUCGUGCCUGGCAUGAAGGAUGCUGUAAUCCACGCACUUCAGACCUCCCAGGACACCGUGCAGUGUCGGAAGGCCAGCUUUGAGCUCUAUGGUGCUGACUUUGUGUUCGGGGAGGACUUCCAGCCCUGGCUGAUUGAGAUCAACGCCAGCCCCACCAUGGCGCCCUCCACGGCAGUCACAGCCCGGCUCUGUGCUGGCGUGCAAGCUGACACCCUGCGCGUGGUCAUUGACCGGCGGCUGGACCGCAACUGUGACACAGGAGCCUUUGAGCUCAUCUAUAAGCAGCCUGCUGUGGAGGUACCCCAAUAUGUGGGCAUCCGGCUCCUGGUAGAGGGCUCCACCAUCAAGAAGCCCAUGGCGAUGUGUCAUCGGCGGAUGGGGGUCCGCCCAGCAGUCCCUCUGCUGACCCAGCGAGGCUCUGGGGAAGGCAAGGACUCGGGGACCCCUACCCACAGCCGAGGUAUCAGGAAGUUUAAGGAAGUUGCCCAAGGUUGCACAGCUCAGAAGGGGCACAGCUGGGAUGCAGACCCAGGUCUGUUGGACUCUACCCUGUUUUCUUCUCACUGCCUCUGGAGGAGGAACCCGGAGGGCUCCAUCUGCCUUCACCCCGCCCCCUCCACAUCCCCCCAUUCUCCACACACACCUUUUAGGGCAGCUAGGCCACCUUGGGGCCCCCCAGGCCCUCACAGCUUCUCUUGCUCCCACAGCCCCUCACCACUUCCCCAGCCUCCACAACAAGGCCCAGCUGCCUUCUCCCCAUGUACUCCGACACCAGGGCCAGGUCCUCAGACGACAGCACAGCAAGCUGGUGGGCACUAAGGCCCUGUCGACCACAGGCAAGGCCUUGAUGACUCUACCCACAGCCAAGGUCUUCAUUUCCCUCCCACCUAACCUUGAUUUCAAGGUGGCACCCAGCAUCCUGAAGCCAAGAAAGGUGGGCCUCGACCUGUGGCUCAUACCCAGUGGACCGUGCUGAGCAUGGGGUCAGGGCUGGAGGGCACAGGCAGACGGCAGCUCCCAGGCUGGCUGGCACCCCAAGGGAAGAGCUUGUCUCCCUCAGAAGCCCCUUCCUCAACAGAUUUCUGAUCAUCUCCCUCUUCUCCCCUCCUUUCACACCGAGGCUUCUGCUCUCUUGUGCCUCCGAGGCCGCCAGCUGGAAGUGCCUUGUUGCCUCUGCCCUUUGAGGUCGGAACAAUUCCUAGCACCCGUAGGAAGGUCAAGGCCAAAGGCAAGUUCAAGGCCAAACUGCAACAAACCCAGGGCUGAGGCAUGCCCCAUGAAGAGGUUAAGCCCCCUGAAACCCCUGCCCCUGCCCCUUGUUGGUACAUUCCAGAGGCACAGGGGCCUGGGGGUAUGAAGCUAGGGAAGCCCCUGCUUCGAUUCCCCACUGCCCUUGUCCUGGAUCCAACACCAAAUAAAAUGAAACAAGUGAAGUA